UCGGGAGCAGCAGAGACAGCGCUCCGGUAAUCUCCCGGUAAUAAUGGGGGAAACGGGCACGUUCGGAAUGACAGGUACCUAGCGCCACCGGAGGCCCGGUGAGACUCAGACGGACCGUCCAGGCUUCCUGGGACACCGCGGGGCUCUUUGUGACACCGCCGGAAAGUGACAGGCGCCCAGCCGCAGGAGGCAGCAGACGAACCCUGAGAAGCAGGGUGGGACAUUCCUCGAGCUCUUGUUGUGGGUACCAGGGAUGCAGGGGAGGACAGACCCACCUGAACCCGUUCACCCUCCGUUCAACACCGACGAGCAGACAGCAGCGCGUAGACAUCACACAGCCUCACCUGAGAAGCCCCAGCGGAGGACGGAGCUCUUCUUCUUCCCGACACUUUGCUGACAGAUCGGCGUCGUGCAUCGAGGGACCGGGACCGACUGAUACAUCAGCAGGACUUUUGCCAUGGAGGAGAGCCGGGCGCAGUAACUUACAGUGAGCUUCAAUAUCCAGAACCAGGCUGCCAGAGGAGACCGCGGACCAUUCUUCACAAUGACCCGUUAAAUUCCUAUAGCCGAUGCUUUCUUUGAAGAGUGGAUUGACCAUCUCCUAACGGCAGACGAGACGAGCAGAGGCCUUUUUUCGCUCAUUUUAGUCUUCAGAUGGACCGAGUGCCCUCGGCACUGGCCGCUAAAAUGCGUUGGAUAACGUUGGUGUUUGCCGGCUUGACUUUCUGGGGCAAAGUGACAAUUUGUAACUGUUUCGACUACGAGGAGCCAAACUAUGAUUAUUAUGAAGAGGAGAAAGCAGAGACCAUUGACUACAAAGACCCAUGCAAAGCUGCUGUAUUCUGGGGUGACAUUGCUCUAGACGAGGAGGAUCUACGCAUGUUCCAGAUUGACAGGACGAUAGACCUGACACAGCGUACAUACAUGCACACACACUCCCGGCAGGGCCACACAUCUGGUGGCCUGGAGGAGCAUGAAAUUGCCAAAAAGAGAGGAUCAUUAUACCUUCUGCUGGAAAGAAUACGUAGAUUUGGCUUCGACUAUCUCCCUAAGAACCUCAGCAGGGGAGCUGCCAGUCCCAAGAGCCUGACUGGGAAAGGUGGGAAGAGUGGGAAUGUCGUGAAGAGCCGCAUUCCCCGGGCGGCUACAUCCCGGGCUGAGAGGAUAUGGCCUGGAGGAGUCAUUCCCUACGUCAUAGGAGGAAAUUUCACCGGUAGUCAAAGGGCCAUGUUCAAGCAGGCCAUGCGUCACUGGGAGAAGCAGACUUGCGUGACAUUCAUUGAGAAGACAGAUGAAGAAAGCUACAUAGUCUUCACGUACAGACCCUGCGGGUGUUGUUCCUAUGUGGGUCGUCGUGGCAACGGGCCCCAGGCCAUCUCCAUAGGGAAGAACUGCGACAAGUUUGGCAUUGUAGUGCACGAACUGGGCCACGUCAUCGGCUUCUGGCACGAGCACACGCGGCCCGACCGUGACGACCAUGUGACAAUCAUCCGGGAUAACAUCCAACCAGGCCAGGAGUAUAACUUCCUUAAGAUGGAGCCAGGGGAAGUCAACUCUCUUGGGGAGCCGUAUGACUUUGACAGCAUCAUGCACUACGCUAGGAAUACCUUCUCACGCGGGAUGUUCUUGGACACCAUCCUUCCGUCCAGAGAUGAGAACGGCAUCCGGCCUGCUAUUGGCCAGCGAACCCGGCUCAGUAAAGGAGACAUUGCACAGGCAAGGAAGCUGUAUAGAUGUCCAGCAUGUGGAGAGACGCUCCAAGAGUCGACAGGGAACUUCUCGUCUCCCGGUUACCCCAACGGAUACCCUUCAUACACACACUGUGUCUGGAGAAUAUCUGUUACACCUGGAGAAAAGAUUGUUCUCAAUUUCACCACCAUGGAUCUGUACAAGAGCAGCUUGUGCUGGUAUGACUACAUCGAGGUUCGAGACGGAUACUGGAGGAAAGCUCCGCUGUUAGGCAGGUUUUGUGGCGAUAAGGUUCCUGAGGUCCUGGUCUCCACUGAGAGCAGAAUGUGGAUUGAGUUCCGCAGCAGCAGCAACUGGGUGGGGAAAGGCUUCGCUGCCAUUUACGAAGCGAUCUGUGGAGGCGACAUCAGCAAGGACUCAGGACAGAUCCAGUCGCCCAACUAUCCUGAUGACUACCGGCCCUCCAAGGAGUGUGUGUGGAGAAUCACGGUGUCCGAGGGAUACAAUGUCGGACUCAGCUUCCAGGCCUUCGAGAUCGAAAGGCAUGACAGCUGCGCUUACGACUACCUGGAGGUGCGAGAUGGCCCGCUGGAGACGAGCCCUCUGAUUGGUCGAUUCUGCGGUUACGACAAACCCGAGGACGUGCGCUCUACCUCACACACCCUCUGGAUGAAGUUUGUCUCAGACGGCACCGUCAACAAGGCUGGAUUCGCUGCUAACUUCUUUAAAGAGGAGGAUGAGUGUGCCAAGCCAGACAAUGGUGGAUGUGAACAGAGGUGUGUAAACACUCUCGGCAGCUUCAAGUGUGCCUGCGACCCAGGCUAUGAACUAGCCCCCGACAAGAAGAGCUGUGAAGCGGCGUGUGGUGGUCUCCUCUCCAAGCUGAACGGGACCAUCAGCACCCCGGGCUGGCCUAAAGAGUACCCGCCCAACAAGAACUGUGUGUGGCAGGUGGUCGCUCCCACUCAGUACCGCAUCUCCAUGCAGUUUGAGGCCUUCGAGCUGGAGGGCAACGAGGUGUGUAAAUAUGACUACGUGGAGGUGCGAAGUGGCCUUUCAUCUGACUCUAAGCUGCAUGGGAAAUACUGUGGCACCGAGGUCCCGGAGGUCAUCACCUCUCAGUACAACAACAUGAGGAUUGAGUUCAAAUCCGACAAUACCGUCUCCAAGAAAGGCUUCAAGGCUCACUUCUUCUCAGACAGGCUGGCACUGUGUCGAGAGCGCGUCGUUGUGUUUGAGUCGUGCCAGGACGUUAAGCGCGUCCGCUCCCCCGCUCACGGCCGCACCGACAACAAGCUGGCGACCUCGGCGAAGGUCAGAGACAAGGAUGAGUGCAGUAAGGACAACGGCGGCUGCCAGCAUGAGUGCAUCAACACGGUGGGCUCCUACGUCUGUCAGUGCCGCCACGGCUUCGUGCUGCACGAGAACAAACACGACUGUAAGGAAGCUGAGUGUGAGCAUAAGAUCCACAGCCCCACCGGGACCCUAAGCAGCCCUAACUGGCCAGACAAGUAUCCCAGUCGUAAGGAGUGCACCUGGGACAUCACAGCCACCCCGGGACACCGAGUCAAGAUAACCUUUAAUGAGUUUGAGAUCGAGCAGCACCAGGAAUGUGCGUACGACCAUCUGGAAGCCUUUGACGGGGACAGCGACACGGCGUCCAUCUUAGGUCGGCUGUGUGGCAGCAAGAUCCCCGAGCCCUUGGUCUCCACUGGCAACAAGAUGUACCUGCGCUUCAUCUCGGACGCCUCCGUGCAGAGGAAAGGCUUCCAGGCCACACACUCCACAGAGUGUGGAGGCCGCCUGAAAGCAGAAGCUCGCCAGAAGAACCUCUACUCCCACUCCCAGUUUGGAGACAACAAUUACCCCGGUCACACCGACUGCGAGUGGCUGGUGACGGCGGAGAAAGGUUACGGCAUAGAGCUAACCUUCACCACUUUUGAGGUAGAGGAGGAAGCCGACUGCGGUUAUGACUACAUCGAGCUGUACAACGGGUACGAUGCCAACUCACACCGCCUGGGUCGCUUCUGUGGUUCAGGGCCCAGGGAGGAGAUCUACUCGCCCGGAGAUGCUAUGCUCAUACGUUUCCAUAGCGAUGACACCAUCAGCAAGAAGGGCUUCCACAUCCGCUACACAAGCACCAAGUUCCAGGAGAGCCUUCACACCAGGAAAUGACCUCACAGCCCCCGACCUCUGACUUCCGCGCAGCCCCCACCACUGUUACCUUGACCUUCAUCAUGGCACCAAGAAAAGUACAGUCUGUCCCUUCUUCUCCGACCCGCAGACAGAUGUUCCACAAGGACGAGACUUAACGCUGUGGACUUCCGGCCCGGCCACGAGAGGGACAGGACUCUGUGUUAAGUGAACAAUAGUCUCCCUCAGCGGGGCCGCACAUGCUUAUCACACUCCAGGAGGAGACAGGAAAAUCAAUGGGAUGUCAACGUGAUGUGAACUUGCCGGGAUUUGAGUGGAGAGGACGGUCGUGAUAGACUGCGCACCGAGGAACCCUUGUUCACAGUGUGGAGGGAGGGUUGGAGAUCUGAAUGAGUUUACUGAGACAUUCAUGGCUGCGCGCAUGCACACAAACACACACACACACACACACACACACACUAGACUCAUUCAGAAGUACAGACUAUGGAUGCUUUUAUUAAGAGGAGAAGCAUCAACUCCUGAGUGACAGGGCCCAUAAAACCAGUGAUGAAAAGCUUCUACCUACCACAAAAUCCGCCGUGGAGCCUAAGGAUUUUAACCAUUAUGGCGGUGCAAGGGAGGUUUUUUUUUUUUUUUUUUUUUUUUUUUUUUGAGGCCAUGCUGACUUGAGCCUUGAAAUGUGAUCUGUAUAACUUACUGUGAUCAGAUGGCUGCUGAUGCAUAUGGGAAUCAAGAGGAACCUCUAGACAGACAUUGUUAUUGCCUUUGACGCCUGGGGAGGACUGGUCUGGACAACCCAGCUCACAACGGCUGCAACUGUUUUAUUUCAUGUCUUAUUGUAAAACCCAUGAUGUUUGUGUUUACUGUAUGUGUGUGUAAAGAAAAGAGAACAAACAAAGGCUCAUUCCUACCUUGCCCUUUGCUUAAAGCUUGUGCAGACGACCAUCGACGAAUGGAAAAAUGAAAAAAAAAAAAAAAAAUCAAACAAAAAAACGCAAAUGGAGAAUUCCAAAAUGAUCUGUGAUGUUAAUGUUAAGCCUUGCAGUUAUGGUAUGUCGUGUGUCCAUGCGCUUUGAGUUUGCACCAUCUUGGAACUUUGCUCAUGUAACGUAUCCACAGGAAGAGGCAUCGCAGGAAAAGCUGCAACUGUUCAAUGUGGCGUGACAGAGGGAUGGAUGUCCCCUUGCAGAUAUGCAUCCGUGUUCACCCUGUGUUGAUCAUGCGAUUUUUCAAUGGAUACCGGAAGGGAAUAUUUUCCACAGCUGUCUCUUGGAAUCACACAAUUUUGAUAAAAGGAGAGAUUCCCAUGGUGCUAAAAAUACAACGAACGACAGGUUUCUGUGGAUGAAACUGUGAGGCGAAGGCAUUCAAAUGGAGACACAGCGUGCAAACAGCACACUGCAUCAACAGCACUAGUCCCGUGGAACUACAAUAUUGCCUUAGAACCAAAUGUAUGCUCUUGCACAGACGUCUUGUGUCAGUAGAUUGUUUUUGGUUUUGGGGCAGGGUAUUUCAUUUGUCAAUAAGUUUGAAGAACUUGAAUGGUUUUAUUGUAAAAAAGAAAAAAAAACAACAACAACAUGGGAAAUGUAGUCUGUGUGUGAGAUAGAGUGUCUAUGGUGCAUGUGUGUUUGUGUGUGACGGUUAAUUUUUUUUUUUUUUAGCUGCUCUCUGUAAUGCAUACACACAUUCUCACACAUAAACACAUGCUUUCAUGUCCUCGGAUACACAGACACACAGUCACCUCCUCAUUGUGUGAAUUUACUCUAUGCCAUGCUAUUUUAAACACACAAUUCCCUUCUGUAUAUUUGGAGUGUGGGAGAAAGUGAUGUAAAUUAGAAGGACAUAUGAGGUGCAUACAAAUCGCAUUGUUUUCUGUGUUAAAUGCAAAUGUAUACAGCAUGUAUGCAGUAUGUGUAAGUGUGUGUUAUAGGAGAUCAUAGAGAAAUGUGAGUGUAUGUCUGCAAGCUGUAUGUUUUUAAUUGGAUUUCAUUGCUGUAUGUGCCAAGCUCCAUGUGACCCUGUUCCACUGUAGUUAUGUUUUAUGGUUCCACCUUUCUGUCUGUCGUUCAAACACUGACAUGACUUCCCCUACAUCGGUCAUUAAAAUACACACAGGUAAAACAACA